AUGAAGCCUGAGCUUCUAAAUGGAGCUCCCCCUGGGUCGGUUGCCAGAUGUCAUCCAUCGGGAUGCAUUCAGCAAGACAUUUUUACAGACUGGCUGAGGCACUUUAUUUUACAUGUAAAACCUAGCGAAUCCGAACAAGUUGUCUUGAUACUAGAUGGACACUAUUCUCAUUCAGGGAAUAUUGAUGUUAUCAACAUUGCCAGAGAUAAUUUCGUCCAUAUUAUCUGCCUACGUCCCCAUUCUACAAAUAAGUUACAACCACUCGAUGUCUCCUUUAUGUCACCUUUCAAAACUUAUUAUGCUGCUGAAAUUAAAACAUGGCUUAGAGCAAAUCCAGGGAGAGUUAUUGCUGUGGAUCCUGCUGUUGCUGAAAACUUAAGAAAAGAAAGAGAAACUACACCACCCAUUUCGACACCUAAGCUCGUUGUACCUCAGGAUAUUUGUCCUAUACCUAGCCUAAAGACAAAACAUCAGUCUCCAAGGCGAGGUUGUUCGGGUGAAGCUUCUAAAAAAGGAGGUAAACGUGGUUCAACAGCUAUCCUCACUUCCACGCCUUGUAAGACAGAUUUAGAAGAGAGCUUGAAAAAAAGAAAAAAGAUCACACCGAAAAAAGUUAGCCUGAAUCAAAAUAAAUCAAAACUAAAAAACGAGAAGGAAACAGUUAACAAUAAAAAAUCGAUCCCAAAAGGAAAAAAAGGAAGAAAGAGGAAGAUAAGCUCAUCUAGCAGUUCUGAUAGUGAUGAAAUUCAAUUGGUAGACACGGACUACGACAUGGACCAAGAUGAUGUCGAUGUGGAAUGCUUUUAUUGUUCCAACUGGUUCUCUGAAGAUAUUUCCAGAAAUAGUGGGUCCAAUGCAUGA